AAGUUGUAGCAGUUUCCUGUGCGCCGUCUGACUCCAGCUUUCCUGUAUGUCAGGCUCAGCGCGGGUGUGUAGUGCGACGAGUAAGCCGGAGUUCUGCUGGUGUGUGUGGGAGUAACAUAAACGUGCCAAGAUGUCGUACAUGCUUCCUCACUUGCACAAUGGCUGGCAGGUUGACCAGGCCAUCCUUUCCGAGGAAGAUCGUGCGUUAGUGAUCCGCUUUGGACAUGACUGGGAUCCAACCUGUAUGAAGAUGGAUGAAGUUUUGUACAGCAUAGCUGAAAAGGUAAAAAACUUUGCUGUGAUGUAUCUAGUGGAUAUAACCGAAGUACCUGAUUUUAACAAAAUGUACGAGUUAUAUGAUCCAUGUACAGUCAUGUUCUUCUUCAGGAACAAGCAUAUUAUGAUUGAUUUAGGCACAGGUAACAAUAACAAGAUAAACUGGGCGAUGGAAGACAAGCAGGAGAUGAUCGAUAUUGUGGAAACAGUUUACCGAGGCGCCAGGAAGGGCAGAGGUUUAGUGGUGUCUCCUAAGGACUACUCCACAAAGUACAGAUACUGAUGGUCUUGUGGAGUGACGACACGGCGCCUGGUUUUAUAUAUUUUCCAUACUUCCAUGUGGGCUGUAAGCCCCGUUGUGACAUCGCAAGCUGUUAUGAGUUCAGAGGGUGUGAGCAAUUUUACAGUUCAUACCUCUGGACACCUCGGACAUGUUAUGAGCUUUACAAGCUUCCUGAUCAAGAAGAAGGGUUCAAGCCUUAACCACCUUAUUUAUGUAAGAAGUGUCUGUCUCAACUAUACUGUGUGUGUGAUUAAAUAUGGACUUUUGUAGUUGUCUAUGAAGAUGGUGUAUACAGUGGCUGGUUAUUUCAGUUCUGGUCCAUUGAACUACAACUAAAGACAUAACCACUAUGCCUGCUGCUUCUUCGUUACAUAAAAUGAUCAAUGUCCCUAAACUGACUGGUAGCUUAGAGUGCAUCUGCUAAGCAUGCUCAGCCAUUUGGAUCUGCAACUGAGAUCUAAUAUGUAGAUUCAUGACACAAUGCAAAACUUUCCAGCCUUGACAAUGGAAACAACUAUACAUAUCUGUCAACAUGUCAGGAGAAAAAAAAUAACAGGAUUAAUUUGAGCAUUUUAUGGAUAAGUAUUGUCCUUGUCUACUCCAGUUACACAUUAUUAUGUAGUGUGACUGGAUUGGUCUAUGCAAUUACCUGUGGUUGGCCAUGGGACAGAGUUGUUAAAGAGGAGCAAGGUGUAGUAUAAUGAAGUAUUGAUUUUCGUGCAGUAGUCAUUGCAUACUUUACAUAUGGUGAGAUUUAUCAAGCAUUAGAGAGCUAAAGUGGUCCAAGGCAGCCAAUCUGCUUCUAACUGUCAAGACUGCUAGAUAAAUUACAAAAGCUGAUUGGGUGCUUUGGGUAACAUCUCCACUUUAGCUCUCUCUCCAAGGCUUGAUGCAUCUCCCCCUUAGAGAGAGGAGAGUAAUGAGGGAUAAACUACAUUACGAUUUACUUGUCUUGGCAGAAAGAGCAUUAUUUCCCUGUUGGAAUUGUCACCUAGCUAGUCACAGAUGACGACAACCUAUAAAUCUGAUACAAAACGUUUCCUUUAAAUAAUAUGUAUAUCUGAAUAUAAGUUUCUUCCCCAUAAUGUAUAUAUAAAAUGCAUAAUCCCGUGCAUCAUAGGAGACAGGGAAUGAUUACAAGAAUGAGGUCAGAAGACACAGUGGAAUCCCUUUGGAUCCCGCCGGUAAGUAAUGGAGGUUAGGCACUAGGAUGAUGUUUAGGGUUAGGCUGCGGGGAGGGGGUGGUUAGGGUUAGAAUACUUACCAGGAUGUGUUGGGAUUUCAUACUCAACCCCUUAACAAUUUUAAAAAGUUUGGUAACACUGGUAGUACCCUGAGGCAACAACUGCAGACCUUCUAACCCAGGCCUGGCCAACCUGUGGUUCUCCAGCUGUUGUAAAACUACUAAUCCCAUCAUGCUUUGCCACAGUUUUGCUAUUAGGGAAUGCUAAAACUGUGGCAGGGCAUGCUGGGAUAUGUAGUUUCACAACAUCUGGAGAGCCACAGGUUGGCCAGGCCUGUUCUAACCGAUCAGUUUGUUUGCAUGGCAACAUAGAGACUUGAGACACCAUUACAUUAUCCAGAAAUAUUUUAAUUAAAAAAAAAAAAAAAAAAAAAACCCUCUUAAAUACGACAAACAAAUCCACUGUUCCUCUUGAGCUGUGUCCGAACUUGCUGUCAGUGCUGAAACAAAAAUAAAAUAUUUGUGUUUUUCUCUCAA